AAAAACUCAAGUUUGUUUGGAUUCUUCUGAAUCUUUGCUCGAUCCCUGAGCUGCUCGGAGGUUUCUACAGAGAGAAACGUAGAGAAAUCAUCAUCAACGCCAUGGCCACCGACUUCAAAUCCCUUCCAAUUGUGGAUGUUAGCCCUCUGUUGGCCAGGUGGGAUGACCCAAACAUGGCCGAGGACCCAGGUGUGUCUCAGGUCAUUAGGCAAUUAGAUCAGGCGUGCAGGGAGGCUGGAUUCUUCUAUGUGACUGGCCAUGGUAUUCCUGAGUCACUCCUCAAAGAGGUUAGAAAUAUAUCACGCCAGUUUUAUGAUCUUCCAUACGAGGAAAAAAUCAAGAUUAAGAUGACAGCAGCAACUGGAUACAGGGGAUAUCAGAGACUAGGGGAAAAUAUAACAAAAGGGGUACCUGAUAUGCAUGAAGCUAUUGAUUGCUAUAAAGAAAUAAAACCAGGGAUGUAUGGAGCUCUUGGCAAACCUAUGGAAGGGUGUAACAAGUGGCCCCAAAAGCCUCCUAACUUCAAAGAACUAAUGGAAGAAUAUAUCAACCUUUGCACAGGCCUUUCAAGAAAAAUAAUGCGAGGAAUCGCUUUGGCAUUGGGUGGAUCACCAUAUGAAUUUGAAGGUAAAAAAGGUGGAGAUCCAUUUUGGGUGAUGCGAAUUAUCGGUUACCCAGGUGUCUCACAUGCAUAUGGUCUAGACAUGCCAGAAAAUGACAUUGGAUGUGGAGCUCACACCGAUUAUGGUUUACUGACACUGGUUAAUCAAGAUGAUGAUAUAACCGCACUUCAGGUGAGAAAUCUGUCUGGUGAAUGGAUAUCGGCGGUCCCAAUCCCAGGGACUUUUGUAUGCAACAUUGGAGACAUGCUGAAGAUAUGGUCAAAUGGUUUAUAUGAGUCAACUGUACAUCGAGUUACCAACAGUUCCCCAAAAUACCGGGUUUGUGUAGCUUUCUUCUAUGAGCCAAACUUCGAUGCUGUAGUGGAGCCUUUGGAUAUUUGUCAACAGAGAACCGGUGAAACUCGAAUUUUCGAAAGUGCAGUCUAUGGGGAGCAUCUUGUAAGCAAAGUCCAAACAAAUUUCGUGGUAUAGGAGCUAAGUUUUCAGCCUUUUAGUCUUUGUGCCUGGUACGAACCCUUAUCAUUUUAUCCGUUUGUACCAAAAGAAAUUAUGGAGAUAUGAGCCCUUAUAAUUUUUUCAUUUGUAUCAAUGAAGUCAAUUAUGAUGUGAAUAUGAGAUGGCAAGCUGAGAAUAAGCAUCUCCAAUCCAUUGGUGUCAUUUGAUCUCUUAGAUCUGUUCUGUCAUUUAGGGACUUUGAUCUACACGUCAACAUUCUUUUUUUCUUCU